UGCACCUUGUUGACACCAAAAUCAGGCUUGGAGCCUCGGAGCUGCUCGCGUAAUUUGAAAUCCGAAGGACAUGUCUCACCUGAAAUUGACAACAAGAUACGAAGACCUUUAGACGCAGUGUUUGUUCUUUUUCUUUUUUUCGAACAUUUUGUGGUGAAGUGAUGCGUAUUGCCAGACGAUCCUUUUCAUAACAUCAGUGGAUCAGACGAUCCUUUUCUGCCGGUCUUUCAUGUCUCGAAGUUUCACCAUGUCCUCUGAACGGCGUUUGGCCCGGUGAACGGCGGCCGUUCAGGUCUGCCGCUGCAGGCCUCUCAAACAGGCCUGCUCGGCAUACCAAUGGACGGAGAGCAACAGCAGAAUCGCCGUUACAGGAUUGGCAUUACGUGCCCCUUUUCAAAGUGCUGAAGGGGAUGCAAACCAUUGGAGUUUCACCCACAUCACACGCCAUUGGCCGCCGAUGGUCGCAAACGUUUGUCUUCCCAACCUGGGGAGUAAAAGGAGGUUUUCCCACAGCAAGAAAAGGAGCUGCUGGCUUUCUGUGUGGGGAUUUUUCUUACAAUGCAAAGGUGCUGGUGCUCGAAGCAGUUGAUGGAAUCAUCUUGUCACAACCCCAGUCCUAUGUCCAUGAUCAUGAGAUUGGCCCCACCUGUCUGUUCUGGCUUCAGCGUGCUGUGCCAACCCAGGGUCUCUGAGGUCAUGUCUGGAAAGUUUGCGAAGGCUGCGGAAGAUGCAAAGAGGUACGCAACUCAACAUGACUUGGAGAGAACGGUCACGCAGAUGGUGAACAGCCUCAUGGCCACGAAACCUGAGGACCCAGAUGCUCACAUGCUGCGGUAUCUUUUGACGACCUGCAGCCCAGAUCAGUUGAGGGAAGCACCGGUGAAGAUCACUCGGGAGCUUGAACCCCCAAAGUAUGUGACUUUGCCACAAGACCGGACGCCCGAGAUGUAUGAAAAGCUGAAUUCUUUUCCAACAAGAAGCCGCGUCGAAUCACCAAAGUGACAGCGGACAUGGAGUGCCUGCAUGGGCUCAGAGAGAGCCAUUCCUCUUGGUUUCACACGUCAUACCGAUGGAAGGCUGGUCAGAACUUCAAGAAGUACGACAAAUCUACACAUUUGUAGGACAAUACUGGUUGUAGACCUUCCGUUACAUGCUUUGUUGAGG